AUGGCGACCGCCUCCAAGAUCAAGGUCAAGAACCCCGUUGUCGAGCUGGACGGCGACGAGAUGACCCGCAUCAUCUGGGAGGACAUCAAGAACAAGUUCAUCCACCCCUACCUGGACAUCGACCUCAAGUACUAUGACUUGGGCCUGGAGUACCGUGACAAGACCGACGACAAGGUCACUGUCGACGCCGCCGAGGCAAUCCAGAAGUACAGCGUUGGAGUCAAGUGUGCCACUAUUACCCCUGACGAGCAGCGUGUCGAGGAGUUCAAGCUCAAGAAAAUGUGGCUCUCCCCCAACGGCACAAUCCGCAACAUUCUCGGCGGCACCGUCUUCCGCGAGUCGAUCAUUAUCCCCCGCAUUCCGCGACUCAUCCCUGGCUGGGAGAAGCCCAUUGUCAUCGGCCGUCACGCAUUCGGCGACCAGUACCGCGCAAAGGACCGCGUCAUCCCCGGCCCCGGAAAGCUCUCCAUGGUCUACACCCCUGCCAACGGCGGCGCCCCUGAGGAAAUCGAGGUCUACGACUUCAAGAAUGGCGGCGGCGUUGCCCAGACCCAGUACAACACAGACGACAGCAUCACCGGUUUUGCGCACUCGAGCUUCAAGAUCGCGCUCGACCAGGGCCUGCCGCUGUACAUGAGCACCAAGAACACCAUCCUGAAGAAGUAUGACGGCCGCUUCAAGGACAUCUUCCAGGAGCUGUAUGACACUCAGUACAAGCCCGAGUUUGAGAAGAAGGGCAUCUGGUACGAGCAUCGCCUGAUCGACGACAUGGUGGCUCAGAUGAUCAAGAGCAAGGGCGGAUACGUCAUGGCUCUGAAGAACUACGACGGUGACGUGCAGUCUGAUAUUGUCGCCCAAGGUUUCGGCUCCCUGGGGCUCAUGACCUCUGUGCUUAUCACCCCUGACGGCAAGACCUUCGAAUCCGAAGCCGCCCACGGCACAGUGACCAGGCACUACCGCGAGCACCAGAAGGGUAACCCAACGUCGACCAACCCAAUUGCAUCCAUCUUCGCAUGGACCCGCGGUCUUGUCAAGCGUGGACAGCUGGACGGCACGCCGGAGGUGGUCGCUUACGCCGAGAGUCUGGAGCAAGCCUGUAUCGACACCGUGGACAAGGACGGCAUCAUGACCAAGGACCUGGCACUGGCCUGCGGCAAGAAUCAGGACUUUGUCACGACCACUGAAUACCUGAACGCCGUCGAGAGGAGGAUGAAGGGUCUGCUGAAGCAGAAGCUGUAA